CGGCCAGGGUGCAGCAAGCCGGCUGGGGCCCAGGCGGACGCCGACUCAAGGAGGCCUUGACUCCCAAGGGGUCCCCUUUACUUGUGCCUGGGCGAAGAGUCUUCUCCUGGGGUCCCUGGUCAUCCUGAAUAUCCAGAAUGGUGUUCCUCAAGUUCCUCUGGAUGGGUUUCUUCUGCCACCUGUGCCAGGGCUACUUCGAUGGCCCUCUCUACCCGGAGAUGUCCAAUGGGACUCUGCACCACUACUUCGUGCCCGAUGGGGACUAUGAGGAGAACGAUGACCCCGAGAAGUGUCAGCUGCUCUUCAGGGUGAGUGACCACCGGCGCUGCUCCCCGGGGGAGGGGAGCCAGGCCAGCAGCCUGCUGAGCCUCACCCUGCGGGAGGAGUUCACCGUGCUGGGCCGCCAGGUAGAGGAUGCUGGGCGCGUCCUGGAGGGCAUCAGCAAGAGCAUCUCCUAUGACCUGGACGGGGAGGAGAGCUACGGCAAGUACCUGCGGCGGGAAAGCCACCAGAUAGGGGACGCCUACUCCAACUCGGACAAAUCCCUCACUGAGCUGGAAAGCAAGUUCAAGCAGGGCCAGGAGCAGGACAGCCGCCAGGAGAGCAGGCUCAACGAGGACUUCCUGGGGAUGCUGGUCCACACCAGAUCCCUGCUGAAGGAAACGCUGGACAUCUCUGUGGGGCUCAGGGACAAAUACGAGCUGCUGGCUCUCACCAUUAGGAGCCACGGGACCCGGCUAGGACGGCUGAAAAACGAUUAUCUUAAAAUAUAGGUGGAAAGGCACAAAUGCCAGGGAGAGGGAAUCAGAUCAGCCCUGUUGGGGAGGAUGGGGGACAGAAGUCAGGGCUAAUUUCACUUAUACCUGUUAUUUUUUACAUCCAGAUUUGCACUUUGAGAAUGAAACUGAGGUCAUUCUUUAAAAGAAAGAAAAAGUUGACAGUUGAGUGUUAUGUUUUUUUAGAUUUGUUUUUGUACAUUAUUUAUGUGAUUGUUUUUGAUUUAUCACCUGGAAAGAACAUUUAAAGUUAUGUCUCGUGCCUUUCCUAUAGAGCUUUAUAACUCUGCAGAGAUAUCUGUGUCGGUCACAUCUAAAAAGACACAGUUUAUGCAGUAGGGACCGGUUAAACUUCCCCAUCCUGGAGAUUAUGUGAAAAUACCCAAAGAGCAUGAUGCAUUGCUCCUUUCCGCCUUCCGCAUUCUCUCUUGGGCUCUGAAAGCUGUCAGAGUUGCCUGUUUUUCAAAUGAGGUCCAGCGUGCUGCUACGCAUGCCUGCCAGCCAUGGAAGCUGCUUGUUUCUUCUUCUCUUUUUCUCUCUUAUUUAUUAACCAGGAUCGGCAAGUCGUUUUUGUUUUUG